CCCAGCCAGCAGUGGGGAGAUCAGGGAGGGCCCUCAGAGGGGGCUGUGUCUGAGCUGUCCUCCAGGCAGCAAAGGAGAGGGAGGUGUGUUCCUGGCAGAAGGCACAGCUUGUACAAAGGCCUGGCAGCAGAACAGAGUCUGCAGUUUGGGAAGCUGUGAAUAGUGUGGUGUGUCUGGAGUGGAGAGUAAGUGGCGUGGGGGGAGCAGGGAUGUGCGAGAAGGAGAGGGUUCCCAACGAGGCGACACGGACAGCCCCCUGGACUGAGGCAAUGGAGGGGGGCCCAGCUGUCUGCUGCCAGGACCCUCGAGCAGAGCUGGUAGAACGGGUGGCAGCCAUCGACGUGGCCCACUUGGAAGAGGCGGAUGGUGACCCAGAGCCUGCCAGGAACGGUGUGGACCCUCCGCCACGGGCCAGAGCUGCUUCUGUGAUCCCUGGCAGUGCUUCAAGACCGCCCCCAGCCCGGCCCAGCCUCUCAGCUAGGAAGUUCUCCCUGCAGGAGCGGCCAGCAGGAAGCUGCCUGGAGGCCCGGGCUGGGCCUUAUGCCACGGGGCCUACCAGCCACAUCUCCCCACGGGCCUGGCGGAGGCCCACCAUAGAGUCACACCGCGUGGCCAUCUCGGACGCAGAGGUUGGUGGGGCAGAGCUAAGGGCGCCUAUCUGGCAGGGUGCCUACGGCGUGGUGAGGCGCUACAACGAAAGCGAAGAUAGACACUAUGCAAUGAAAGUUCUUUCCAAAAAGAAGUUACUGAAGCAGUAUGGCUUCCACAGGCCGCCCUCCCCGAGAGGUCUCAGGCUGCCAGGAGGACCAGCCAAGCAGCUGCUGCCCCUGGAGCUGUACCAGGAGAUCGCCAUCCUGAAGAAGCUGGACCACGUGAAUGUGGUCAACUGAUCGGAGGUCCUGGGACGACCAGCUGAGGACAAUCUCUAUUUGGUGUUUGACCUCCUGAGAAAGGGACCCGUCAUGGAAGUGCCCUGCGACAAGCCCUUCCCCGAGGAGCAAGCUCGCCUCUACCUGCGGGACAUCAUCCUGGGCCUCGAGUAUUUGCACUGCCAGAAGAUCGUCCACAGAGACAUCAAGCCCUCCAACCUACUCCUGGGGGAUGACGGGCACGUGAAGAUUGCCGACUUCGGUGUCAGCAACCAGUUUGAGGGCAACGAUGCUCAGCUGUCCAGCACGGCCGGGACCCCGGCAUUCAUGGCCCCCGAGGCCAUUUCUGAUUCUGGCCAGAGCUUCAGUGGGAAGGCCCUGGACGUGUGGGCCACUGGAGUCACACUGUACUGCUUUGUCUACGGGAAGUGCCCGUUCAUCGACGACUACAUCCUGGCCCUGCACAGGAAGAUCAAGAAUGAGGCUGUGGUGUUUCCUGAGGAGCCGGAGGUCAGCAAGGAGCUCAAGGACCUAAUUCUGAAGAUGCUAGACAAGAAUCCCGAAACACGAAUUGGGGUGCCAGACAUCAAGUUGCACCCCUGGGUGACCAAGAAUGGGGAGGAGCCCCUCCCCUCAGAGGAGGAGCACUGCAGCGUGGUGGAGGUGACGGAGGAGGAGGUGAAGAACUCCGUCAGGCUCAUUCCCAGCUGGACCACGGUGAUCCUGGUGAAGUCCAUGCUGAGGAAGCGUUCCUUUGGGAACCCGUUUGAGCCCCAAGCACGGAGGGAAGAGCGAUCCAUGUCCGCUCCGGGAAACUUGAUGAAAGAAGGAUAUGGUGAAGGGGGCAAGAGCCCAGAGCUCCCUGGCGUCCAAGAAGACGAGGCUGCGUCCUGAGCCCCUGCAUGCGCCCAGGGCCGCCCGGCAGCACACUCAUCCCGCGCCUGCAGAGGCCCACCACCCUCAUGCGACAGCUGUCCCCGCGGGCAGGGGGCCAGGGACCGCGGCCCCUCUCCCGGCCACCUCCCCCGUCGUGCCGCAUGACCUCCACGCACGCACGUCCAGGGACAGGAUUGGAAUAUGUGUCAUUUGGGGUUUGGGGGGCAGGGCUCCCACAAGGCCGUCCUUCUCCUGGCUCUCCCUGGCCCCACCCAUUCUGGGGGGAAACCAGGCGCCCAGGGAGCCCCAGAAACCCCGCCCAGGGCAGGAGGCAGGAGAUGGAGAUGCUUACUGCAACGGAAGAGACCUCCAUGGGGGGCUGGGCAGGCCUGGCUUAGCUGCCACACGCACACGGAGCGGGGUACUCUGCCACUAAGGGUACACAGAACGCUGGUAGAGAGGUUCUGACCCCUCGGUGUAUUCUUGGGCCUCACUGGGGAGAGAGGGUCAGUAUUGGAGAAUUCAGAUCACUUUUUUAUCUUUUACUUUUGUUUUUAACCUGGGGGCAGGGGGGAGGAUCUCUACUUAGGAACAUCUCAUGAGCUUUCCUACAGCUUUUGGGGGGGGUCCCCAGCACACCCCGGCAUUAUUUGAAAGCCAAGUGGUUGGACUGACCUGCCUGGAUUGUGUUUUGCGUUUGGUGCCAUCUGGAAAACAGGCUGAACUGAAUCAAGCUCUGAGCAAAGGCCUGAGCUGGGGGCACCGCAGCUUCCCUGUCCGUCUCACGCCCUCCCUGCAUGGCUCCCCAGAGCCCAGGCUGCAGAAGAGAUAGCAGGGGCCGGCAUCAACCCAGGGCCAUGGACUUGUAGAUCUGUGGCCUUGCACGUGCUGGAAUAACUGGAAUCCACUCUCCGAUCCUACACUGGCCUACCAGGCAGCUGCCCUCACGUUCCCACAAUGAAGGACAAACCGCCCAGGUUGGAGGCAUUGCUUGACACUGAACCCUGGAGGGGUGUGCACACUGGCAGGUGGCCUCUUUGCCAACUGCCUCGCCCCAGGACAGUCAGCGGUCAGCCUGCUCAGAGCAGGAGUGCUGGAGCACGUGUGUGGACAUGGCUCUGCUGGAGCAGACUGCGUCUUCUCUCUGAGAUCAGUGGCCGGCUGGGCAUUUGCUGACCAGAUGCACAUAGAGGUGGACCUCCAGAGGGAAAUAACACAGGACUACUCAGAUACCUCUGGAAACAUGGGUUAGGUAAAGGAUUUCAGCCACGUGUGCGGGUGUCAUAUUGUAGGAGGGCUUGUUUGGAGGAGGGGGAGGCUGGGCUGAGGGAGGGCCCGCGUCCUGCCGCAUCUCUGUGCCUGUGGGUGUACGUCGCGCCUCCACGCACACAUGCGUGUGCGUGCCCAUCUGCUGCACACAGCACACUCGCAUGUCUUGCACCAGUACAUGCAUUUGUUAUAUAGUUUCUAUGUCUAUUUAAGGCUAGGAGCAGAAUGCGGCCCAUUGUCAAUGGGUCCACAUUUCUCCCUGGCUUCUCUGCACUAAGGCAGAACGGCCCAGGGCUUAAAAAAAUAACUCGGUACUGUUUUUAAGGACACUUUUAUAGAGUUCAUGGAAGGCACUGAGCAUCUCUGGGAGCUCCUGGUUGCAGGGGGCUACAGCGAUUGGACCCAACCUUGGAAAGCUCAGAGAUGGGCCCAGCUUCACCACCAUGUCAGCGCCCAUCACUCAGGGUUUUGGUUGGCAUCAGUGUUUCUGAAUGUAGCACAAGUGAUGAACAAACUCCAUAAGAGUGUUUUAAAAAUUAACUUCCCAGGAAGUGAGUUAAAAAUAAUAAAAGCCCUUUCUUGAGUUAAAAAGAAAAAAAAAAAAAAAGGCUUUGUGUGUACAUUUCCCGCAUCUGGCAUGUGUUCUUUCUCACCGGCUGGACCAGCUGGCUUGGCUGGCUUUUCUGGAAGGGUGUGAGGCACCCUUGCAGGAGGUGAGAGGGCAGGAGAAGGGGUGGCUCAGGAGGGGGAGUCCAGGAUGCAACUCAAGCCCCUGGGUAGGUCCUAUGGUCCCUCCUGGGGAAGGAUGGGGAGUCUGGGAGCCAGUGGACCACCCACAAGGGCACCUGCCUGUUUCACAGGGGCCCAGGAAGGCCGAGGUCUGGUCCAGGUGAGAGCUGUCACCACUUCUCAUGGGACAGAGGUCCCCAUGGAGCCUCAGAGGAAUGCCUGUGACACAGGUCCAGUGUCCUCCCUAUGCCCCCAUAGCCUUGGGCACUGGUACAGGCUUUCAGGAUCCUGAACCCCUCCAGGGCCUUGAUGAAGAGUCAUCAUUGAAGUCAGAGUUUGAAUCCAAGCUUCGCUACCUAAUAAUUGUGUGACCUUUGGCAAGUCACUGGAGGAACCUCAGUUUCUUCAUUGGCAUAAUUUGAAUAAUAGCACCUGGUUUGUGGGUUUGGAAUGGAAAAAACACACUGUUUUCAACUCUGCUCUCACAGCACAAUAAUUGACACAGAAGACAGCCGUGACCAAAGGUGUGGGGGUCAUUCCACACACACCAAGCAAGCGGUCAGUUCUGCAGCAGACACCAUCUGGGCGUCCUCCAAUUCAAUUUUAACGCCUUCUACCUGGUGAUGGUGUCAGGUCCUCUGGCGUGAGGGCUCAGUCCCCAAGACUGUGCCGACUUCAGACACCAGUUACAAGGCGAGGCCUCUGGAACAUCUGUCUGACCAGCUUCAAGUUGGGGCUCCUGUGACCCCCUCCCUGGGUCAGACUAAUUUGCUAGAGGCCUGGUGCCUCUCAGAGAUGCCUUGGGACUCUGGAUCCCACAGACCCUUUGUCUCUGCCCUCUGCAACCCCUGAUAUCCUAUGGGCUCUCCUCAGCCUGGGGGAGAGGAGGGAAGGGUGGCCAGGGCCACUGAGGGUUCCAACUUUCCCAGGGGGACACCCCAGACACAGGGUGGGACUCACAUAAACACUCCUCAGGUUAUGGAGUCACCUUGCCACACGCAGGCGUCACUCACACAGCCCCCCCUCAGGCAAAUGAGCAGGCCUGUCUCGGGCCGCCCUCUGGGCACUGGGACUCUGCUGAGGGAGCCCAGUGCUGGGCCUGGGGUCCACUGAGGCUCAGGAGGGGCCUGUCCUCAGUCUCACCGCAGAACAGAGCCCUGGCCCUCGAGGAGCCCCUGCGCUGCUCCAGCCUCCUGCUGGACUGGGCCCCUGAAGGCACCGUGCUGCUUGCUCCACGCCCCUAGACACACGGACAUAGCUCUGCUCUCGGGGGCUUCAGACACAUCCAUUUCUCCAGCUAGGAGGAGCCAGCAGAAAAAGCCUGGGUCUUGUCACUGUCCAGGCUGGGCUGCCAGCCCCUGUCCAGGUCGGGCUGACCAAUUCAUCAUUCAUUAGCCUAUCCCCACUUUGUGUGGUCAGCCUCCUGCCCUCCCAACUGCACAGGCCCCGCCACCUCCAAGAAGCCUUCCAUGGUCCAUAGUGGUGUGUGGUUUGGUGUCUGGCCCAUUUCCUACAAGACUGGGGCCAGGAAGCAGGAAUCACAGCUUUGCCAACUGGCUGAGUCACUUUCACAAUGUAUGCCUGCCCCUCACUGCUCCCCCGUGUUGAAGACCAGUCGAGGAGCAUCUCUCAGGAAGCCCUUUUCUUGGCCUGUUUACCUCUGGCCUUUUCUGGUUCUCUGUGUCCUGCCCCUCAGCCUACAGACUUGCUCAGGCCUAUUAGGUAGAAAGCAAGUAUCUGUCCCCCUUGAUUUCUGAGGGCUGCUGCCCCCCACUCCAGGUAGCGUUGCCUCUCAGAUGCCCUCUGCAUGGGGCUCCCUGUUCUCUGUUACUGCCGGCCUCACUCAGCCCCACCCCAGCAGGACUGGUCACUGUCCUAGCCAUGACCCAUGUGAUUGGCUGAUGCCCUCUGCACUUCGACCCCCAGUCCUUUGGUCUCUCCCACCCUCCAUCCCCCAACACACACACACACAGCCUGUGCACAAGUCUACACUGAAGGAAUGAAACAGGGUCAGCGGGGAACUGCACAACUGCAGGGCACUGGCUACACUUCUCACUUGGUUUCCCCGCAGAGUUCAAGAGGGAUUAUGUCUCAGGUUCUGGAGCGUUCACAAGGAGAGGACUCUGCUUGCCCUCAAGUGUCCCCCUCUCCUUUAAGGCGAUCUGUGCCAUCAUCCACCUACCUCCCUGGGAAACCCACCCCAAAGAUGAGAAGGGCUCCCCACCCACUGUGGUCUGCCUGUCCCCUCCUUCCCCACCCUCCAUUCCCAAUCCAGUCUGAAGCACAAAUUAGUUCUCAACCUGGUAACACGCUACACUCUCCUAGGGAGCUUUUAAAUCAUGAUGCCUGGGUCCUACCCUGGGAAGUUCUGGUUCAAAUGGUCUGGGGUAUAGUCUAGGUGUAAGGAUUUUUUUUUUUUUAAUUAAUAGACUUUAUUUAUUUAUUUUUUGAGCAGUUUUAGGUUUAUAGAAAGUACAGACAGUACCCAUACACCCCUUCAAACUCUGCUUCCUGCCCCCCAGUUUCCCCUAUUAUUAACAUCUUGCAUUGGGGUACACUUGUUACAACUGAUGAGCCAAUAUGGAGACAUUAUUAUUAACUGAAGUCCACAGUUUACAUUAGGGUUCACUCUGUGCUGUACAUUCUAUGGGUUUUGACAAUGUAUAAUGACACACACCCACACUUACAGCAUCAUAUGGAAUAGUUUCACUACCCUAAAAAUCUGUGCUCCACCUGUUCAUCCCUCCCUCUCCCUCCUCUCUCUGACAACCACUGAUCUUUUUUUUACUGUCUCCAUAGAUUUUGCCUUUUCCAGAAUGUCAUAUAGUCAGAAUCAUUUAGUAUAUAACUUUUCCAGUUCCCCAGGUGAUGUUAAUGAACAGCAAGGGUUGACAUGAGUAGCCCUGGUCUAGGAUUUGGCGAAGAGGGUUGGUAGAUCGAUGCUUUAUGUUCCUAAAUCUAGCACAGGCAAAGGUCUCAUGUGCUUUGGUAUGUCCAUCUAUCCAUCCAUCCUUUCAAUAUUUUGUCCAGGGCCUUUCAUAACCAGGCACUGAGUUAGACACUAAGCCAAACCAACACGGUUCCUGCUGUCAUGGCCCUCACAAUCCACAGCAAGAGACAGCCAUUAAUCAAGUUGCCAUGUUGAGUGCAUGGAUGAUUUUGAACGAUGAGUGCUGACUAUUGUGCUGAUCAGGGACGGAGGGAACACAGGAAUGGACCUGGCAGGUUGAGUCUGGGGUGCCUUGAGACAUUCAAGGGAAGAGGUGCAGGUAGCAGUUGGACAUGCAGGUCUGGAGCUCAGAGGAGAGGUGAGAACUGCAAAUGGAGAGGUGAGGGCCCUUGGGAUGUGGAUGGCAGUGGGGUUGGAAGCCAUGCAUGUAUGCGAGGAGAUGGACUGGGGUGGAGGUGAGCAUGGGUGAGAAGACAGAGGGCCCAGGAUCGAGCCCUGAUGGACUGUCACUGUUGGGGGAGGAGAAAGAACCUGCAAAGACACUGGAGCAGGAGCAGUGGGGAGGUAAAAGGAAAACUGAGUGUGGCAUUAUAAUGGCAGGGUGUCUAUGAUGCGGAGUGGUCAAGGGAGAAGAGGGGAACAGAGAAAGGGAGGGAAGAUGGUCCUUUUAGGAAUUUAG